GGACCCAUGUUUGUCGUUUUGAUGGGGAUGAUGAUGACUUUGGUCAUUGUGAUAGUUUUGGGUAACGCGCUGGUUAUUUGGGCUUUUAAAGUGGACAAGAGUUUGAGAAGACAAUGCAAUUACUACUUUUUGAAUCUGGCAAUAUCAGAUUUUCUUGUCGGUGCGUUCUGCAUCCCAGUCUACAUGCCCUACAUCCUUACAGGUAGGUGGACUCUGGGCCGGGGGCUCUGCAAGCUGUGGCUGGUCAUGGACUACCUGCUCUGCUCCGCGUCUGUCUUCAACAUUGUCCUCAUCAGCUAUGAUCGCUUCCUGUCAGUCACCAGAGCAGUGAGUUACCGUGCCAGACAGGGCAUGACUCAUCAAGCCAUAAUCAAGAUGAUUGCUGUCUGGGUGCUAGCCUUUGUCCUGUACGGCCCAGCGAUCAUAUUUUGGGAGCUGGUGGUGGGCAAAAGCCGCGUGCCGAAAGAUGAGUGCUUUGCGGAGUUCUAUUACUCUUGGUACUUCCUGCUGAGUGCCUCCAUGCUGGAGUUCUUCUCUCCUUUCAUCUCUGUUGCUUUCUUCAACCUCAGCAUUUACCUCAGCAUACGCAGGAGGAGGCUCCACAGCAGGGAGGCCCAGCUCCACCUUCAACUGAGCCAGCCUGCCUCUGCCCAGGGGAAAGGCAUCCCCCUGUCCCACAACUGGGGGUUUGGGAUGAAACUGGCUGUAAGAGGCUCUAUCCACUCCCAGAGCUCCUCUCCCAGUUUGGGUAAACUAGAUCCCUCCACCAGCAGGGUUGCCCAGCCUAGCCGUCUGUCCAGGGACAAGAAAAUUGCUAAGUCCCUGGCUAUCAUAGUGUGUGUGUUUGCCAUCUGCUGGGCACCAUACACCCUACUGAUGAUCAUCCGUGCUGCCUGCAGAGGGCGGUGCAUCCAGCAUCACUGGUACGAGGUCACCUUCUGGCUCCUGUGGCUCAACUCGGCUAUUAACCCGUUCCUGUACCCACUUUGCCACAGUAGCUUCCGCAGGGCCUUUAGCAAGAUCCUCUGCCCAAGGCGGCAUACGACUCCCCCAUCAUCUGUCCUUCGUGCUGGCCAGUGA